AUGUUACAAGAUCCGGCGAUCAAGAGGUCGGGGUUGUUGAAGUGGUCGCAGGACGGUGCCGGGUUCAUCUGCACGAACCCGACAGAUUUUUCAAGGAUGGUACUGCCGCAAUUUUUCAAGCACAACAACUGGCACAGCUUCGUGAGGCAGUUGAACAUGUAUGGGUGA